UCCUAAACAUGGGAAAAUGGGGGGCUCACUUGGCGUGCUUCCAAUAGCUUCCAAUAGCCCUGCAGAGGGAUUGGGUCAGGGCGAGAGACGUUGCUUUGUGUCCCCUGGGGUGGGUUCAGCCAAAACUGGGGACCUGACUGAUGUUUCCUCCCCUCCCCCUGUUCAGUAUGGGAUCGUAUUGGAUGCGGGGUCUUCCCACACGGCCAUGUUUGUCUACAAAUGGCCGUCCAACAAGGAGAACGAAACUGGGAUUGUCAGCCAGCACAGCGACUGCCACGUGAAGGGAGGCGGCAUCUCAAGCUACUUCGAUAAACCACCGGCAGCCGGGGAGAGUUUGGUACUCUGCCUUGACCAGGCCCUGAAGGAUGUCCCGAAGGCGAGGCAUGGCAUCACUCCCCUCUACUUGGGCGCCACGGCUGGCAUGCGGCUGCUGAAGAAGAGUUGGGAGGAGAUCAAGUGGGGCUGUGUUGGGUGGCGGAUGAGAGCAGCUGCCCUUUCGAAGGCCGAAACUCAGCCUGGGCGUUUCUUUCUGCCACUGCAGCUGCUCAAGAAGGGGCCAAAACUGGAGCCCUUUUUGCAGAACUACUGUUCGAUGGCCACCUUCGUCUCGCUGCUGCUCACCCGGGGCUACCACUUCAACAACUCCACCUUCCCCAGUAUAGCCUUCCAGAAGAAGAUCGGGGACACGACCGUCGGCUGGGCCUUGGGCUACAUGCUGAACCUGACCAACAUGAUCCCGGCAGAAGAGCCCGGCUUCCGGAAGGGCACCCCCUUUGGCCCAUGGGUCGGCCUCAUCUUCCUCUUCGUCGCCAUCCUUCUGGGCAGCUUGGUCAGCAUCUUCUGCCUGCUGAAGUCCUCCAAGGACCGAGGGGGGGUGUAGGCCAGCUCUCCCCUGGUCUCACACUGGGGGCUCCAGCCUUUUUGCCAAGACUCAGGAAGGAAGAAAUGGGGACAAAUGGAAGAGCCAACACUCCACGGAGGUGGACGGUGCCUGGGAUGGAUGGUGGGCAUACGCAGCUCAGCCACUCUCCCGCCUCCUUUUUCCUUCCUGGAGGGCCACUAGCCCCCUCCCUUCAAGAAAAAGGUGCUGCCAUUUGCAAGGAAAGUUUCUGGAGACUUCCAGGCCUCCCCUUUUUCCUGCUCCGUGGAUACUCAGGAAUUUCUAGCCCAUCCUAAACCCCUUGACCCAACAAGAUGCUGCCCCCACCCCAGUUCAAAGGACCCUGGGAGGAAAUGUCAUGGGCCACUCCAGGGCCUUAGUGUCUCUCAACAGGCAUCAGCCGCCUUCAAAACCCGGGGUCCCGUAACAGGCAAAUGUCUUCAUCCAAAAAGUGUAGUAUGGAAAGCUUCAUGGGGCCUGGUCCCCACCGAACUCAAGUCCUUCACUGGGAGAGGGGAUCACUUAGCCAGAUUGUUCCAGAUGCACGUAAGACUUUGGGGAGAGGUCUUUUGAGGUAGCCACCUGGACGUCUGACUGUCAGCCACAGCUGCGGGACUUCCCUCCAUGUACAAACCGGGUCUGGCUUGGCUCAGCUUUCAGAGAACGGAAAUCCAGCAAGCUCCUUUAGUUCUGUUGCCGAGACAAACUUCUUCCGCUGAGCAGAUCAACGAGAGAACCUCUUCCUCACCCACACAUCCUCUACUGACCCCCUAAAUCAAGGGUAGUCAACCUUUUUAUACCUACCGUCCACUUUUGUAUCUCUGUUAGUAGUAAAAUUUUCUAACUGCCCACCG